AAAGAUGGCUAGUGCUCCUAUACCAUUCUCUAAUGUCGGAAGUGGCUACACAAUCGUCACUCAAGUUGUUCCCUCAUCAACUGCAGCAGAACAAAAUUCAUCUCAGACUCAAAGGCAACUGCAGAAAUUCCUGAAAGGAGAACCCAAAGUGUUGGGAGCUGUCCAAAUAAUGAUUGGUUUGUUGACCAUAUUGUUUGGUAUCGUGAAGGUGGUCCCUCGUUGUAGCAUGAGCGUGUUCUCUGGAGUUGUGUUCUGGGGCUCACUGUUUCACAUCAUCGCUGGUUCUCUGGCUGUUUCAGCGAGCAACAAGCUUAAUGUCUGUGUGGUGAAGGCCACUAUGGGGCUGAAUAUCUUUAGCACGAUAGCUGCAGGAAUCGCCAUCAUCAUGCUUUCUAUAGAUUUUUUGAUAAGUCAUCACUGCUACUACGACAAUAAUAACAAUUAUAAAUACGACAUCGCACAGGGCCUUACCAAUGGAAUUAGUGGAGUUCUGCUGGUUUUCUCUCUGCUCCAGUUUGCCGUCUCUAUUGCAGUUUCCGCCUUCACUUGCAAAGCCACCUGCACCGAUCAAUCUACUCUGAACAUUAUCAAUGUGGUUCAGAACCCAGACAGUGGUGUUUCUGCGAUCAGUUCCAUCCCAGCUUAUCAGGCACAACCGGGAGUCAGUACAAUGGGUGCUGGUGGCAUGAGCGCUCCACCAAUGAAAAAUCCCCCAGCAUACUAUCAAAAAGGUGAAGCAGUCAACUGAGGAUGAUUUUAGAAAUUAUUCUUGUUAAUAAUUUGAACAUUUUUCACUUAACUCAAGAUAAAAAUCUCACACUCUAGAACUAACUACACGUCUCUGUGUUUACUUUAAUAACUAAUCACACAUUUAAUAAAAAGUGAACAUUAAAUACCUAUUUACAAAACAGUAUAUAUUAUGUACACAA